CACGUUUGUUAUGUCACGUGAUGUGAGACAUACAGCACUCAUGAAAUACAAACGUUUGUCAAUUGAUUGCAAUAAGACAUCGAAGACAUCAAAGACAUCAAAGACAUCGAAGUUACCAUAAAAUAUAAGACAGGAGACAAUGGGCCGCACCUAUGAGGAAGAGUUGCAGUAUUUGGACAAACGGGACAACCAUUGGAUCAUAAGGAAGGGAUUUGUGCCUAAUAUGAGAACAACAGGUCUCACAGGACUUCUUGUGUCCCGGACUCCACAUUACUCUUUGACUAAAAUAUAUAACAAAAUACUGAAGAAUUUGCGGAAAAUGCCCGAAGAAUGCGCUUACAAGAGGUACACCUCUCACACUAUCAACGAGAGACUGGCUAUUGUCCAAAAGGAGAAAGAGGCGGAAGUGAUUGAGCAGAAGAUUGGCUGCGGAGUGAUCGAAGAGCUCAUAGUUCAGGCCGAGAGUGAGCUGUUGCUGUCCCACAGGAUACUGGACACCAAGGCUUGGCAGCCCUUACAGACCAACCCACCGCCAAACCAGUGGAAGUGGCCUAUUGUCUAACCAUUACUUAUUUGCAAUAGUCUCAAGAAGUGUUUGUUUAUAGCAAUUACACAAACAUUAGAAUCAAUGAGAGAUAUUUGAGUCGAGAAUGAUAUGUAAUUUUAGUGGAAUUCAAAUUAAAUAAAAUAUUCAUUAAUUGGUU